ACUUCAUCUGCCCAGGUCCAGUGCGGGCGGUUUAGACUCACUCUACAGGAUCAGGAUCAGUUCGACUGCACCUCGGAGGAGGGCAGCAUUGCAGUAUUGCUGCCACUGAAACCAGAGGAGCCGCAAGAAACACUUAUCCCUCCCACAGAGGAAAAAGUUGAGGUCAUUAAGGUUUACCUCCAAGCCCGUCCAGAGGCAGGGGAGAGUGUCAAAAUGAUGACGGACGAGGUGUCGCAUAUUCAGGAGGUGAGGUACUGUCUAAAGACUCUGAGGGAGCAGAUGGCCGCCAGGCAUAACUCUAACAACAAGCAUCCAGCCAACGGCUUCAGAGUGAACUUAUCCAGCAGCCCAGUCGCUGUCUCCAACAGCAACGCUCUUCUCACCGAGUCAGACGCUCAGGUCGAGGAUGGUCCGGAGGAGAGUGUGAGGGUCAGGGAGGCGACCAAGCGUCUCUAUGCGCAGCUGAAAGAGAUGGAGGAGAGGCAUCAGGAGGAGAGGCAGAGACUGCAGGCCCUGUCACACGAGUGCGGCGCUCGUCUGGCCCAGCGGUCCAAGCAGCUGCAGGCGGCGGAGAAGCGGUCGAAGGAGAGGGGUCAGCAGGUGGAGGAGCUGCAGAGGCUGCUGGGAAGCAUGGAGAUCGAGAGCCGCAACCUCAAGGACAAGAUGGCGGAAGGGGAGGCAGAACUGCUGCAGCUCAAAGAGGACCGGGAGGAAGAGGAGGAGAGUGAGGAGAGGUGUGAGGAGCUGGAGAAGGAGGUGGCCAUUUUGAAGGAAAAGAUCCAUCACCUUGACGACAUGCUAAAGAGUCAGCAGAGGAAAGUUCGCCACAUGAUCGAACAGCUGCAGAACUCCCGGACGGUCAUCGAAGAGAGAGACCGAUUCAUCGGCGACCUGGAGGAGAAGGUGGCUUUCCUGGAGGCUGAGAACAGAGAAAUGCACGACCACUUGGAUUACUACCUGGCGGGCCAGGAGGCUCUGCCCCUUGAGUCCACUGUGAAGAAGCCAGAGGUCGUUUACAGUAAAACAUUCAAGCCGAAGACGCAGACCAACAAGGCCCUCCCCUUCAUCAAAGUCAUCGAGCUCAUGUCCUGAACAGAGGGUCAACCAAAGGAAUGAGCAGAUGGAAAAUACUGUGUACAUAUAUAUAUUUAACCACCCACCGGGAUGUAGAACUUAGAUCUGCAGUAAUUUAAAAAAAAGAUGUCUUAACAGACCUCAUGGUGACAAAGCACAUUGGUCCUUUGGUUAGCACCAGGCACGUGCACAGACAUUUUGGGGGGCAGGUGCUCAAACCAAAAAAAAGGGCACCC